AUGGAUCUGAAGCGUGUGAGGGUUCCUGGACUGGAAGAUUUACUGUACAUGAGAUGUAACAUUACGGAACUGUUGAAUACUCAAGCUCAACUGUCACGUACUGGACUAUGUUCAGGUAAUAGUCAACUAAUAGAGAACAUAUUACCUUCGACCAUAUGUUCUACAAAUAUUUAUGAUAAAUUGUUGAAUGAAUGCCAUUUUGAUAAUAUGAUUCAUCGGUCUAAUCCAGUCCCACGUGCUGUAUGUAUUCAGGGAAUAAUUGAAGACGAUGGUAGUUAUCUAUUAUACAGACAUUCAGUCGAUAUUCAACUAAUAUUACACUCCUACACACAAACUGUUCAAUCUAUUGCUGAUUAUUUAUCCAAUUAUAUGAAUCAACGUUUUAAUCAUGCAUUAAUUCAACAUUAUCGAACUGCUAAUGAUAAUAUAUUGUCUCACUCCGAUAAAACGUUAGACAUAAUUAAAAAUAGUUUAAUUGAUGAAUUAUUAUAUGCAGCCAAUCGGUUUUCGACUAUGAAUGAUAUUGAUACGGUAAAAGCUGAAUGGUCACGCCUCAAGAAUGCGUUUGAUGCAGAAAACUUAAAUGAUUUUGAUUGGGAAUAUUAUUAUGAAAAUGGCUUUGAUAUUAUUGAUAAAAGUUCAUUAAUGGAAUCAUACAAACGAACAGCAGUCAGUAAGGAAAAUGAUGAUCAAGACUUCGUUACAUGA